CUCAUUUCUAGCUCUGUCUCUGUCUCUGUGUGGCUGUGGAUUGUUUUCCUGCUGACUUGAACGGGUUCUCUAGACCAUUCAGUUGUCCUUCAGGGGUUCUGAAUGUCUUCCAGGGGUUUUCUCUGAGCUUUAGCUGUUUUGCCACUUUGUUGGAGUCCAGUUUUUCACUGUUAGCUAUGGAUCCUUACAGAGAAGGAGAGGAGGUAUCACAGAGAUGUUAAAGCUUGUUGAAGAGUUACAGAUGUUAACAAAGACAAGAGGUUCCUGUGUGGCACAUCAGCUUUUAACAGAUCUGGAUCCAGGAACCAGGACCUCCAGUGAUGAAAUGGGUCAGCAGCGUCAGCUGAGCGACAACAUCUCCCUCCUGACUUCCUGCCCCGAGACUUCAUGUGUCUUCACAGAGCAGCAGUGUGUUUCAGCUGAAUCCUUAACGAGGCUGUAUAGAGGUUAACUGCUCAGGGAGGCUGGUGGAGAAGGAGGUGGAGGAGGAGGAGGCUGGGAGAGAAGGAGGUGGAGGAGGAGGAGGCUGGGAGAGAAGGAGGUGCAGGAGGAGGAGAUGUUUGCAGGGUCUGAGAUGAGAUCUAUUUAUCUUUAUUUAGGAAACUGAAUGCUUAACAUGGACCAGUGGGUUCUGUUUUAGGUCAGAAAAUCUGCUCCAUAGUUAUUGUGUCCUAGAAGAACCAACCUGGAUCAGAAACAUAACAUAAAAACAUAAUGAUUUAUGUCCUUUCAGGGAUACCAGGCCCAGCAGGAAGCAGAACCUGCACCCGCUGGGAUGUUAGAGCAUGUAUCAUCUUCUGGUUCAGAUCCAGAUGCACUCAGUUCCUAGAACACCAUCAACAGAAUCGUGAUGAACCUCCUCACCAACAGAGCUGUCACAGAGAUAAUGUGUUGAUGCUGCUUUCCAUCACCUCUUUCUGUCUCAUGGUCCUCCUUCUGUCUUCUGUCUCUGAGCAGAUAAUCAGAGCCAUGUCUGCAGGCCUGGAGGACACAGACAGCGUCUUCGACCUGAACGAGGCCGUCCCAGAGACCGAGCUGCUGGACAACAGCAUCCAGAAAGGCCGGGCCCAGCUGUCCGUCAAAACACGCAGGCACCGGCCCUCGCGGUCCCGUUACCGUGACAGCGUGAGCUCCACGGAAGGAGACGAUGGCUUCGACAGGAAGGACAGUCCCAUACAGUCUGCCCGCUCACCUCUACACCUGGCCAUGAGAGGCUCCUCCCCCUCACCGGACUUACUGGUGUCAUCACGAAGCCCCGCCUUUUCCUUCGACGCAUCACUGGGGCGUCGUUCUCCAGAGGAUGAGGGCGCCUCAUUGGUCACUCCACCACGGGGAAGGUACCAUCAGCUGACUAAUGCCACGUCUCAGGAGGCUCUGGUGACGCCGAGCAGCUCACCAUCAAAAUCCUGCCCCUCCUCCGACUGCUCACCUGUCUACACGAGGAGGAACCGGAGGCCCGACAGUGAAGUGCUGGUUUCUGAUACGAGUCGAGACACGAGCCCAGCUGAUCCCGGCAGUCCCACCGUUGUCUUUGAUAAGAAGACAAAGAGACGUUUCCUGGACUUAGGGGUGACGCUCAGACGUUCCUACAUCAGAGUGAGGAAAGAUAAAUCCAACAGGCUCUCUGUGGGCAGCAGAGAGCCGUCUGAGAGUCCGUCUCGGUCCUCUGGAUCCUUCGUCUCUUUUUCCUGGUUCACUGAAGGUCGGGGGUCCUUCUCCUCCUCUGGGACUCCUCCAUGUUCCCCCAAAAUCCCCCCGCUGGGCUCCCAGAGGCCCAGGAAGUCCCACUCACAGGAGUCGGCUCUCAGCGAGGAGUUUUCUCCUCCUCACACCUCCUCCUCCACCUCUCCUCCUGCAGAGUCCACCUCCAGAUCCUCCCAUCCGUACCACACCCUGUCCCAGUCCUCCGAUGAGCCCUGUGACGAGCCCACCUCCUCCGUCUCCUCCUGGACGACCCAAGAGGUUUGUCAGUGGCUCCAAGGACUUCAUAUGGACCAGUACAUCCCAGAAUUCAGUGCCAGAAACAUUGAUGGAGAGCAGCUGCUGCAGAUGGACGGCACCAAGCUAAAGGGUCUGGGCGUGCUCAGUUCAUCUGAUCGCAGUGCUUUGAAACGUCGCAUCAAAGACGUCCAAACUGCAGUGGAGAAGGAGAGAAAAGCUCUGGACAAACUGGAGAAACAGAAGGAAAAACAGCGCAGGAAAGACCAGGAGCAGCGCAGGAACUGAGAACCACCACUAGGGGGAGGCAGAGGGCAGAACACUGGCAAGCAGGAGGACAGAGAAGAGACACAGUUUGGAGCACCGAUUUCGGUCAGAGUGAGACGUCAACCCAGUGAACUAUCUGUGCUUCUUGGAAAACCUGUAAUUCCUGGCUGCAGAUUUCCUGACCUGGAGGCUGGUUUGAGGAAAUGAGACUGAGGGAAAGUUCUGGAGAAACAUUGAAAAUUAUUAAACCUUUGAAACAUU